AUGAAGAGGAUUCGAGAAGGACAGGAUCAGGGUGGACCAAAGCGGUCCUGGCUGCUAUACUCUGGAGAAGGUCAUGAACGUCUACACUGGGAGAGCUCUCAAAACACCUGCUGCCCCAUUGGCUGGCUGGAGUAUGAAGGCAGCUGCUACUGGUUUUCUCGCUCUCUAUUGACCUGGCCUGAGGCUGAGAAGCACUGCCAGCUGGAGAACGCCCACCUGGUGGUCUUGGGCUCCUGGAACGAGCAGAAGUUUCUUGAGGAACACAUGUACCCUGUGGACACCUGGAUUGGCCUUAAUGACCAAAAUGGUCCCUGGACAUGGGUGGACGGAACAGACUAUAAGACCGGCUUCCAGAACUGGAGUCCAACGCAGCCAGACAAUUGGUACUACCAUGGGCAAGAGGACUGUGCCCACUUACGGACCGAUGGCCAAUGGAACGAUAACCUGUGUGUGAUGCCCUUCCACUGGAUCUGUGAGACAGAGCUGAGCAGAUCCAGCGCCUAGCCUCCUCUCCCUAGUCUAUUUCAGGAAUGCUUUCACCUGCUGAGGGAACCUGGGUGGAGAUUCUUUUUUCUGGGGGUCCUCCCGCAUCACCCCAGGGGUUUUCAUCUAGGAUUUGAAGGGAAGGGGAGAGGACGAUGUGUGAGGAACGCCGAAUGAUGUUUGAUGGGGUGGGUAGA